AUGGUAUCAUACAUUACAUCCCUAACGGCUUCCCAACGCCUAGGUGCAAGCGGAGGCCCAGCUCUCGAAAUAAAACUCUCUACUUCCAAUGGAAUCUACACCUCCCUCAUAUCCAUAAGAGGAACUGGAAAUGAGCACGUGGUUCAUUCAUUUAGUGAUAAUCAGGAACACUUAAGCCAAGCACUCCACAAUAUCGACAAUGUUAUCGCGCCCUUGCUCAUCAAGGAGAAAUUCGACCUUGGUCAGGAUCUAAACAAGAUCGAUAGAUUUCUGAAGGAGCUUGCUGCCAGCGAAACUGGAGCGAGUUCCUACAGGUUAGGGCAUCAAGAGAUGAUGGGAAUUAGUAUCGCAUGCUCGAGGGCGGGUGCUGCCUGUGCUGGACUUCCUUUAUAUGAGUUCCUCCGACAAAAGGCGCCAGCUGCAAAAGCUCCAUAUAUCAUGCCCGUCCCUUUCUUCACUGUUCUGGACAGUGACGGGCUGGAAUAUAGCAUUGCACCAGUAGGGGCAUCAAACAUGACCGAUGCUAUACGGAUGGGCUCAGAGACCUAUCGCUGUUUGAGAGAAGCUCUGGAAGAAAAGCUAGGGGCGGCUGCGACACACACGACCUCCUCGGGGUCUUUCUCCCUGCCUCUUAUUCCCCACCUUGAAGCCCUCCACCUUCUCGCCACAGCGAUCCACACAGCAGGCUACACAGGAAAAAUCUCCAUGGGUAUCAAUGCUGCUUCAGCCACCCUCAACACUCCUGAGAAACUAAAUAUCUACCAUGACAUAAUGACUAAGUACCCCAUCGCCCUUCUUGAGGAUCCAUUCCCAGAAGACGAGUGGCAAAGCUGGAUGCAUGUCAUGUCUGAGAAAGGUAGGGAGGAGGGAGCAUGGAAGUAUGUGGAGAUUGUGGAUUGCGAGACCAUGGCUCAUAAAAGGAUGCAAGAAGCCCGAGCAAAGGGAGUGUGUAAUGGCAUCCGGAUUAGUUUAGACCAGUUUCCAACCCUGAGCGAGGUUUUUGCCACUGCCAACCAGGCCUUCUCCUACGACUGGGGCGUCUUCAUCUCCCAUUCACAUUUAGAAACCAACGACUCAUUCAUCGCUGAUUUGGCCGUCGCCCUCCGCAGCGGCCAUAUUAAAACCGGCGCCCCCACCAGAGGAGAGAAUGUUGUGAAAUACAAUCGUCUCUUGGAGAUUUUCGACGAGAUCAAGGAUUCUAGAGAGGAUGUGGAGUUUGCUGGGAGCCAGUUCAGGACAGCGAAUGGGAGAGUUGAAGGGGGGAAAAUUCCGUUGAAUUUGUAUGGGUACUAG